UGUAGGGAGUAUGAUUCGCAAGAGCGUUCCGCCUCAGAAGUGAAACAGGAGAUUGAACGGCAUUUAAAAGAUAAGGAGACACUAGAGAACUCCUUGCCAUCAAGCAUUGUGAUUGGUCCAUACUGGAUAUCAACUGAGGGAGUUAGGCAGGCAUUGGCAAAGAAACGAAAAGCGUUGGCUAAUGCUGUUAUUGAGCUGUUGGCCAAAAAACUCCGCAAGCAGGCUGAUAUGGUGUGUGAUGUUGCUUUUUGUUUUAUUCAAUAGUGUUUUGAUUUUGGAUGGCUUAAUUUUUUUCACAAACCGUUAUUUGGAGGAUUACACUUCACAGGAUGUAGAUUAAAGAUAUUUAAAUCACAACAGAAUUUUCUGAAAGUGCCCACUACUGGUGAGCAAAUAUUUGUGAUUAAGCGGACCAACAUCAUCGAUGUUAGUCUCCUACGUACGACAUCGAGUGCAUUGUACCUUUUGUUAGGAAAAACUGGAGGAUGAGAGUUUUAUAUUUUAAAUUUUCUUCGCUGUUUUGAAUUUGUACCAGAAAUGCGCUUCCUUUGAUCAAAAAGAAGAAAAGAAACGGAUAUACUAAAGUAUUUUAAUUUUGUACUAGGUUUGUGAGGAGUUUAAGGCGAUCGCACGGCAGUUGUAUGAUAAACCAAACAGCAUAGAAGAGCUGGCAGAACAAAGAGAAUACAUGAAGCAGAUUCCAGAACAACUGAAGAAAAACCAGGAACUGAUUGACAAAGCUAUGGUCGAUUAUGAGCUCAUUGAAGAGUUUAACUACAAUAUAUCUGCUGAGGACUUCAAUGCAAAGUGAGUUGAUCUGACUCCCAGAUCGAGUAGUUUAUAAGUAAAGGUAACUUAUUAGUCUAUCAAUUGACUGCAAAAUAAGUCUUCAUAAAUCUUCACGCACGCAAACCGUCAAACUGGCCGUCUGACACUCUUGUACUUUCCAUAUUUACAUGUAUCAGGUGGACCUGUAUUGGAUGGCCAUAUAAAAUCCAGCUACAAAUGGAAGCAACAGAAGCCAGCCUUGAUGCAGAUGAAGAAAGAUUCCAGAAGAACUUGUUAGCUGACCAGAACACUUUUCAAGACCGGCUCGACUCGCUCAACAUGGCUGUGGCAGGAUUUGCUGCUCAUACUGACAUCAGUAAGGCACACGAAGUGGCGAAUGAAGUGCGGCGUCUAACGAAACAGCUCAAGGAAUGCCAGGCACUCGCUAAUACCUACAAUAACAGAGAGAGGCUGUUUGGCCUCCCUGUCACGUCUGUAAGUUGUUCAAUUCGAUUGUAUACUUGUACUGCUAUUUGUGUCUUAAUAACAAAGACAGUAAAAAGCAAUUCAUUUGGAGGGUUUAUUCCUGAAGUUAUUCAGUAAGGGGUAAAGGUUCCAGUUUGGUAUUACUUGAAAUCAAGGUCAUUUUUAUCAUGAAACAAAACGUCCGACGUGUGUACCUUAAGAUUGUGAUGAUUUGGCAAUAAAUGAAAACAUAUGAGAAGUUCUAGAGUUCUUUUUAUAAUGUUAAAAACGUUCUCUGGCUAAAAAUGUUGAAAAAAUUCAAGCUAGACCGCCUGAACUGUAGUCGUCAAUGGGCGAAGCGAUUUGGAAGUGGAAAAAUUCUAAAAUACAGUGCGAUAAAUAAUACAAUAGAAUAAAAUUACUAAAGAAUAAGAAUUAAGAAAGAAUUAAUUGAGAUUUUUUGUUUUAAAAAAGGCUAUAUUGUCUCGGGUCGUAGCGUUCAUCCACUGACUUCUACAUUAAUUUUGAUCUGUUGAAAACAGUAUGACAAGCUGGGCCGGUUGGUCAAGGACUUUGAGCCGUUUAAGAACAUGUGGCUGACAGCAUCUGAUUGGCUGAAGUGGUAUGACAGUUGGAUGAACGAUCCCCUCACCACCAUAGACGCAGAACAACUGGAACAGAAUGUUAACAACGCCUUCAAGACUAUUUUCAAGUGUGUUAAGCAUUUCAAGGAGAUCCCUGCUUGCCAGGAGGUGGCGAUGGAAGUGAAACUGAAGAUUGAGAACUUCAAACCUUACAUUCCACUUAUCCAGGGCUUGAGAAAUCCUGGCAUGAGAAGCAGGCAUUGGGAACAGGUAUCAUUUCCGGCAGUUUCUUAGUUUUCUUCCGUUACCCUGAGUAUCAAAGGUUUUUUUUUCUCGCGCCACAGGCCGAUAGAUCUUCGGCCAAAUACCCAAGCCACGAGACUUACCCGAAACCAGAAACCGCCUAUGAAAAGUCUCUGGGAUCUAGGGUAAGUUUUCGGUUGAUUAAGGUCAAAAAGGCAAAAAAUAGUUGUGAACCUCAAGGAAAUUGCUUGAAGCCCCUGUCAAACUCCUGUCCAAAGUUUUUAAAUACUUUAUGAUGCCCAUCGCUAAAUUUAUUCGGAAGUGCAGCAAUGUCGCACUCGUUGAUCCCUCUGGUCAAAGAAAAAAAACCGGCAUCUGAAAAAAAUGUUUUUGCCUUUACCGAAUAUCAUUUAUAAGAACUGAAGUACAUCAUCUGUCAUUGCCAGAGUUUAUUGUUUGUUAUUAUGAAGUCCAAAAAAUAAGAAAAGUGGCUUCAGCCGUUUCAGCGAUAAUGGUUGUUUUGGACUUAUCGGUGACCAAAUUGCGCCAUUUACAGUUUGCUUCUUUAGAAACUUAAAAUACUUGUGCGUUUUUCUCUCCAGUUGUCCAAGGAGCUUGGUUUUCCUAUUGUGGCAAACGCGCAGCUGACGUUUACAAAGUGCCUGGAGAUGAAGCUUCAAGAUCACAUCGAGGUUAUUGCUAAAGUCGCUGAGAUUGCGGGCAAGGAAUACUCUAUUGAACAGGUACAUGUAAAUUGCAAACUUCAAAUACAUGCACACAGUUCUGUUGCUCUAGAACGUUGUCCUAAGACAUUUAAAUUGUUAUCAUUUUCAUCUUGGACCAAAAACUCAUACGGAUUUCUUCUUCAACCUUAAAAGUUUUGUGAAUUAAAAGUUGUGUUAUUAUAUUAAUAAACUUCCCAAGAAGUUGUUUCUCACUAGGAUUUAAACACAAACGUGAGAUCUACCUUUUCUGCCUACCAUAUUUGAUUCUAGCAGUGAAAUUAUUGACUAAUUGUUGUAAUAUUUGCAAUUAGGCGCUUGACAAGAUGGAGAGCGAAUGGAAGCCAGUCAUGCUCGAGGUCAUGCCAUAUAAGGAAACAGGCACGUUCAUAAUGAAAGUCAGCGAUGACUGCUCGCAGCUAUUGGACGAUCACAUCGUGAUGGCACAGAGCAUGUCAUUUUCACCGUAUAAGAAGCCAUUUGAGGAGCGUAUCACUACUUGGGAGAGCAAGCUUGUGAUGACUCAGGAUGUCAUGGACGAAUGGUUGCAGUGUCAGAGGCAGUGGCUGUAUUUGGAGCCUAUCUUUAGCUCGGAGGAUAUAAACCGCCAGCUACCGGUGGAAAGCAAGAGGUAUCAGACCAUGGAAAGGAUAUGGAGAAAAGUGAUGAAUAACGCCAAGGGAAACCCGCAGGUAAAAAGGAGGCCACUGUCUAAUCCGAAAACCUUGCUUAUCUGUUCAAUUCACUUAGAAAGUGCAGUGCAAAUUGGUACUUUGCAGCGUUCUUUUUUUUUAGAGCUAAGUUUUGAACCCUUCCGUACAGGUAAGCUUUGUCUAGAUCUCAGCGUGCAAAGAAAUUCAUGCGGUUUGAUAGCCUGGGGCUGGUGGAUUUUGCAGUCGAGUUAGUGAAUUCUGUUCUUAACUUGCCCGGUGGGCAAGUGAAUUUUUUUGUUUUGGGGGUGGGGGCGGGGGAAAGGGUUGGAGAAGGGAGAAUGGGAGAGAGAAUGGAGAAGGGACCGCCAUUUCAUUUUGUCAAAACAGCCAUGAGAAAGCCUAGCCGUUUACAUCCAAAGGCAGUAUCUUCUUUGUCAGUGAUAUGAAGGUCAUAACUGUUCGAACGGCCCAAGAAUCAAACGCACGACCUACUUCUCAGCAGUCUCGUGCUCUUCCAACUAACGUUAAGUUUUGAUAGAUGGAUGGCUGGAUUGACCUACCACGUGACGCGAAAUUUGAGAAUGUAAUCCAGACUAAUCUGUUAAGUGUAUGCCAUACUCGGUGGCGUUGUCUUAACUGGCCAAAUAGAGUUACAACGAAGCACAAAAUAAAUCAACUCGACGUCAUGACUAAGCGUAAGCAUGAUCAUUCUGGUUGAAUUUUUAGGUGAUCUCUUUGUGCCCAGAUGCUAGACUUCUUGAAAGCCUCCGUGAAUGUAACAAACUUUUAGAACAGGUAAGAAAAUGUCUACAUUAACGUUAGCACUCACAUAAAUAUCCGAAAGUUCGCUAUCCUUUUUCCACGGGAAGUAGCUGUUUACUGUAAUGUGUGAUAACUUUGUGCUGCGAUUGCCUUUCAACAGGUACAAAAGGGACUUAGUGAAUACCUGGAGACGAAACGAACAGCCUUUCCACGAUUCUACUUUCUGUCAGAUGAUGAACUGUUGGAGAUUUUGUCUCAAACCAAAGAUCCUACUGCUGUUCAACCUCAUUUGCGCAAGUGCUUUGAAAAUAUCGCCAGGGUAUGUACGUAAUGUAACUCUAACAGUGCCGAAGAUGGCUUCCAUGAAAACGUAAGAGCCAUCCAGAUUUCUUGCUACUGUCCUUAAAAGAAAACAUCGCCAUCAGAAAGAACUGCAAACGUACUUCCUUUUAAAUGGGAACACUUAAAGAUUUUAUUUAUUUUAACAAGUAAAGUGGCGUAAUGGCUUUCACUUCAGUUAGCUACACUUAAGCAUCUUCUAGUUUGUUUAUGGCAAUUGUUAACGGAGGUUGAUGGUUGUGUUUUACAGCUAUCAUUUGAGGAAGACUUACGUAUAUCUUCUAUGUUUUCUGGCGAGGGAGAAUGUGUUCCAUUUAGCAACAGCCUCUAUCCCACCGGCAAUGUUGAGGACUGGCUGCUGGAAGUAGAGAACACCAUGAGAGGAAGUUUACGAGAGAUUUUACGCAGAGCGUUGUUAGAGUAUGCUGAGGUAAAAUUUCAUUUUAGUGCUGGGGUGUUUUACUGGAGUGUUUUUGAUUUUUGUUUUCCUUUCGCUUUAAAAAAGCUUAGCUCAAAAUAACCCUUUUCCGAGUUCCAAAAACUCAGACUUUCAAACGAGGCUAAGUGCGAAACCUUUGUUGGGGAAAUUAUUUUUAUUACUCAUUUUCAUAUCAGUGGCCUCUCACUCGGCCUAGCCUGCGUAGCAGGCGCUUGAAAGUAAUGGGCGCAAAAAAGAACGAGGCGCACGAAGGAGACACGCGAGGGGCCGCGCCAUUACUUCCAAGCGCCUGCUACACAGGCUACACUUGGCCAAUCUUUGAAAAAGAGGCUUGAGACAACCCGGAAAUGGCCUAUUUCUCUCGCCUCUUUUCUCAGUCAAUUAGAGGCUGGAGCAAAACUUUCUCGCAAGGGCGCAUUCCGUUAGCAUUGAUGACCUGCCUUAAUUUUUCUUCCGGAAUCUGGCUGUGAUUUGUCAGUCUAAAAUUAGACAUUAAUUGAAGAAAGCUCUUAUUCGACGUUGCCGAUCCAAGUAUUAUGCUGGACGCGUGUCCCAUACGAAGCUGCAGUAAAUGACCCUACCUAUUUUGAGUUUGUCCGUAUUCGUGGAAUGUCAUAGCCUCUAACCCUGUCUGGACUCAGAUUUUUUUUCUUUGUCCUAUGCCACUGAAAUGACGCUGCCUGCUAAUACAGCAGUCUUUCCUCGCUCCUCGCCGCCCAGGAGCGAGGAAAGAUGGUUGUGUUUUCAGGAUAGAUAUGACGAGAAUAACAUGUUUUCCCGACGCUGAAAUUUAGUGUUCCUCGGCUGCAGCUAAAAGGCAUUAGAGAGCUUUAGAUGUGAGGACGAGAACGAGUACAAGUACGAGAUUUAACUUGAAGUUUUUGCGCAUGUCUUAAAAAGAAGACACCCCGAAAAGCUUCAUUUUACUUUAUUUCACCAAAAAAGUUUGUACGGUUAUUUAAAAUGAAGGAGGUUAAGCCCUCUCCCGAUAGCAAAAUGAUAAAACUACUUACAUUUGAUAACUUGCUCCCGCCACCACGACAUUCUGGCUAAAACCCGUUGCAGCAUGACGACGGCUAUCAGGUUUUCCCGCUAAAAUGACGCUGGUUCACGCGUGAGCAAUACUCAGUAUUGAGAAAAUCUCGUUCUCGUACUCGUCCUCGUCUCGGAAUCUAAAGGUCUUUAUUCCUUGGAAUAGGACGCUGAGAAUGGUUACUCGUUCCAGCUGCUGCGAAUCNGGGGUAACAUAACAGUGUGGGGAGGGGUGUACGGGGGGAGGGGGAAAAAAAAAUAUUUAAUGUGUAUAAGGCCCCGCGGGCGGCCGGGUCCAACACGUUUUUUGGAGAACCAAAACGCCCCCCCCCCCCCCAACAAACAGGGGGGGGGGGGGGGGGGGUGCAAGGUGUUAAGACAACUGGUGCACAUGAUCUUUUUCUCUGGAUUCCCCUUCUUUCUUCCUGUAAAAAAUCUCAGCUAUCGGAAAUUUUUAUCUGAGUGGUCACACCACACGAUUUCGUCCGGCGUGAAAAGCUGUAGCAGUGACAGGUCAAGAGGUUGGUCACGUUGUGCGGUUUUACGUCAGGCUGGUUUUCACUAGUCGGAGUCGUAAGCGGAGUCGUAAAAGCCGCACUUAUGACCCGGUGAAAAUAAAAAAUCGUAGUCGUAAGCGGAGUCAUAGCGUGACGGAAUCAGAGUCAGAGGAAUCAGAACGUUUCCAUUUUCUUCCGACUUCGCAUACGGCUGCGUCGCUUACGUUCCGCUUAUGAUCUAGUAAAACCAGUUUGUCGGAGUCGGAAGCAGAAACAGAACGAUAAACCAAUCACAAGUCACGUUCCCACGCUUUGUGAUUGGUUUAGUUCUUCUGACGAACUAGUUUUCACUUGAUCGUAAACGACGGAGUUGUAAGCGGAAUCAGAAGAAUCACCCUUCUGAUUACAACUCCGAAUCCGUCGCUAGUGAACAUCAGCCUUUAGUCGAUUUUUGUAAUGAUUUGUUUCUUUCUUUAUUAGCUCAACGAUCUCGUUACGUUGGUGAGAGGAAACCUGACUAAACUUGCCAGGAUGAUUCUUGGAGCACUUAUUGUCAUUGAGGUAUUUAAAUUUAACAUGUUUUGGCCCAAUGUUGCUCAACAGGCAUUGGCCAUUUAACGUCACGCCAACUUGACUGUACUCCAAUUUCACCCUGCUUACACCCAACGUUCACCAAAAUUUAUCCAACCGCAGGCAGUAUUCUGGAGGAUAACCAAGGAAAGAAAGAGGAGCCAUUCUUGUAGCCUUUGCGUUGGUCAAAUAUACGUGACACACUGUUUUCACUAUUUCUCCCGCUUAUCGCGAAAUACGUUUUUUGAUUAAUCACUUGUCACACCAUAAAUGUUUUCGGAAGCUCAGAAGUAAGAGCGCCCAACCAAUGUUCCGGGAGGCCAUGGGUUCGGGUCCCGCCGGGAACUCGAAGUGUUGAAGUUUACAUUUAUUUGCAGAACAUUGCGUGAGGUUCUAUGUGUUCACCCGGUUUAAUCGUACUUUGCUCCGUAGGUUCAUGCUUGUGAUGUGGUGGCAAAGAUGAUAUCUGAAAACGUAAAAAAUGUGAAUGAUUUUGAAUGGAUUAGCCAGUUAAGGUAAUAGUGUGUGUUAUCUGUUAUAUUAGAAGCAGUUUGCGGUUUGUUAGAUAGGUCCUUAUUCUGCAUCGGAUGACGCACGAAUGCAGGGUUGACCGGUUUGGGAGGAAUGACACUUGAAAAACUCUAAACGACUGCCAAAGGUAUUGCUUUCUUGGCUUAACCCGUGGCUCGCUACGGUCUGACUAGAUCAGAGGGCUGAAGUAAGUCAUCUCAAACUACUUGAAAGCCACAAUGUAAAAUUGCUGGAGACACUGAUAAUGGAAGUUACUAUAUUAGAUAGUGACAAGGACACUGGACUUACAGGUUUCUUCAACAAUUUUAACAAUCAGCCGUUUUUGAAAACAGUGCAGCUUAGGGGUGCAGCAUUCUGGUGAUGAAAUCUAUGUGUAGUUGUGGUUUCCCUUUUGUGUUUUUUUUACCUUCAUGUCACUUAAAAUCCAUUCAGGUACUACUGGGAAGAUGAUAUGAUUAUUCGAGCAGUAAAUGCGCAGUUUGACUACGGAUAUGAGUACCUUGGAAACACAGGUCGGCUCGUCAUCACCCCCCUGACAGACCGCUGUUAUCUUACUCUCACUGGAGCGCUUCAUCUGAAAUUCGGAGGUGCACCUGCUGGGCCCGCGGGCACAGGCAAGACAGAAACCACAAAGGUUAGUUGAACAAUUUUUUCUAACGCUGAAAGUUGCCAACAAUUGAAUUCUAAAAUAUGGGCAGUUUGCUAUAAUGUAUUAAAUACAACGGCUCACGAGGACUGUGGAUAAUUAACUGGCCAGGUCAAAAAAUAAAAAAAAGAGAUUUUUUUGUUGGUUUGUUUAUUUCUGUCAUGGUUUGUCUGGUUUGGCCCGGGUCAAACGCGAACCUAAAGCCAAUGAGCAAAUUCUAUUGUUCUUUUUUAUAUGGCUGAAUCCGCGAGUGGACAAGAUGAAGGGAAUCCUGCGUUCUGAUUGGCUACCCGAGUGGGCAAGAUGAUGGGCUCUUCUUGCCCGCUCGGUAUUUCUGGCGUUGGUCCCACAAGAAAAAGAUCUCUUUUUGGCUGUAUAAAAAAUCCCUUAUUGACCAAGCUUGUGCGGUCAAAAUGGCUGUAUAUUGGCCUCAUUCUUUUUUGCAUUUUUAUUGACUUCGACUUCGCCUCGGUCAAAAAAAAACGAGAAAACAACUUGGCCAAUAUCCAGUCAACUUGACCUCACGCCUUUUCAAUAACGCCACAUAUCUCUCAUCAGCGUUAAGGUCCGUCGCAUGUGAAGUUCCACGUUUGACCCUGGCUAUUGUUUUCCACCGCUUGUCAUUUUUAAUGCUGUUUUAUGUUUAUUUUUUUUGCAGGAUUUGGGAAAAGCAAUGGCCGUUCAGUGUGUGGUGUUUAACUGCUCUGAUCAGCUGGAUUUCAUGGCUAUGGGAAAGUUUUUCAAGGGUUUGGCCAGGUAGGACUUAGUAGAAAAUAAUGCACUUGGUUCGAACUGAGUUUUUAAAUUAAGUUCGUUUUCCGGCCAUAGUUCAUCACUUGUUAUACCAGUUCUUCCCGUCAGUCUUUUUUUUAUGCCAGUCUGCAACAGGAAAGAGAGGGACAGGUUUCUUUUACAACAUAACUGGCUCGACAAAAUCGUUCUGGUACUCUUGUAGUCAUAUUGAAAGAUCCCUAUAAUUGUUGCUUUAUUGACGACUUCAUCGUCGUCGUCGUUGUCGUCAUGCGAAAGCUGCCGAAGCAGAUUUUGCUGUACGCAAAGACCUGGGCCCAGUUGUUCGAAAGGUGGAUAACGCAAUGGUUUUUCCGGUACUUAGCCGCUGAAUAGGGAUUUCUCCGGUGGAUAGCUCUAUCCAAAGUUUGAACAACCGAGGCUUCGGCGUCUUCACUAUUAUUCGUAUUCGUUUACGUUAACCAUUUUUUUUUUAUCAAGCAACAGGUACUUGUGGCUUGGCAACCAAACCGACUUUAUCAAUAAAGAUUACUUAAUCAGUUGUUAUAGUGUUUACUGACUUUUAACUGAACAUGAUGUUUCUGUACCGUUUAGUGCUGGUGCUUGGGCCUGUUUUGACGAGUUUAAUCGUAUAGACGUGGAAGUGUUAUCCGUGGUGGCUCAACAGAUAUCUACUAUCCAGCAAGCGUUGGAAGCUAGGGUAGGUAUGACUUUGCAAGUGUUGUAGUAAUUCGUGGGCAAUUCUUUCCAAAAAAAGAAUUUGAGGGUAGUUAUUCAGUUAUUUCGCUUCAGAAUUAGUGUUUCGUGGGAGAUCUUGUUGAAGGCCUUUGAUUAAAAAUAUUUUUAUCGAAUGGGAACGGUCCUUUUGACCAAUUAGUCUAGCCCUGUGAACAAACUUCUUCAAGACCUUUCUUUCUAUAACAGAGCACACACAAUAAAGAAAGUUGUUUAUCGACUUUUCUUGCAGGCUGAACGUUUCAUGUUUGAAGGAGUUGAACUUGCACUGAGACCGUCAUGUGCUGUGUUCAUCACAAUGAAUCCUGGAUACGCAGGAAGAACAGAACUUCCAGACAACCUAAAGGUGGGGAUGAUUAUAAAUAGAAAUAAAUAAAUUAUUAACGAUUUAGAAGUAGCACAUCCACUAAACAAGAAACAGAACCAACGACAACCUCAACCCACGUAUGGCAUCCACGCCGGGAUUUGAACUCGGGCCACACUGGUGGGAUGUGAGUGCUACCACCACUGUGCCACCCUUUGCUCCCCAGAGCUAGUUUACACUAGAACAAAUGUUUCGCAAUUCUUCAUUAUUUCAGUUUUACGCCAGUUAUUUAUAAAACGUUUAACGUUUUUCCCUCAGGCCUUGUUUCGUCCUGUUGCCAUGAUGGUUCCUGACUACGCACUGAUUGCUGAAAUCAGUCUGUUUUCGUUUGGUUUUUCUGAAGCAAAAGCUUUGGCCAAAAAAAUCACCACCACUUUCAAACUCUCCUCGGAGCAGCUUAGUUCACAGGUUUGUAAACAGAGAUUUGUUGUUGCUUUUGUGAAUAUGGUUCUCCUGCUAUAGGGGGUGCUUAGACAAAUACAGAAAUAAAAUUUUCUGAUAGUGAAAGAGAGUACACUAACCAUCAUUAACCAGCCCCACACAGGACGCUCUGUCCUGAAAAUUGCUGAUCCUGACAGCAUGCGGUCACAAAUAAGGCUUACCAUGAGUCUUUCUGUAAAAAUGCCGUCCGGGACUUAAAGGUUUUAUUGUCCCUUGCUCGAGUCAUUAUAUCAUUUUGAUAUUGAGAAAAUAUUCUUUACACUAAGGGAUUGUAAGGUUCCAGCCUAGACUGAUUAAUAUACUAGAAUACGGUAUCCUACAAUAUGAAGUUCCUUUUUGUUUCCACUGAUUUCCUUCUCUUUGGCAUAAUAAUGCACGUUGUUUAAUUUCAGGAUCACUAUGACUUCGGUAUGCGCGCUGUGAAGACUGUCAUUUCAGCUGCAGGAAAUCUUAAGAGAGAAAAUCCAGAGAUGAGUGAGGUAAUUGGUGUACUAUUAAUCUUUUCCUUAUCUUAUAUUAGCAAUUUUAAUCGCAACUGGGUAAUCACAAGAAACGAAUUUAACCAAGCGAAACUGUAACCCAACUGAUACGGCACUUUUUCCAGGCUUUUACAUUGCACACAGGGCUGGCUUAGACAUUUCUUUGAAAGACCAAAGAACAAACGUGUCUCGCACUUUUGAGGUUCUGAUAAAAUGUUACCACGAUAAUGACAAUGUUUACAUGCGUCUCUUGUUGUUUUUUUGUAACCGUUAUAGAGGGUAGUAACUGGCAAUUAAAGGCAAUUAAUUAAGCGUUGAUUAAAAAUAACCUUUCUAUUUAGCCAGGCUGCUUUGCGUCAAUGUGCUGUGUUUCUUUGCGCCCUAGGAACUGAUUGUACUGCGCGCCAUUCGAGAUGUGAACGUACCGAAGUUCUUACAGGAUGACUUGAAGCUGUUCCGUGGAAUUGUUUCAGAUCUUUUCCCACACGUCAAGUUAGUUCCCAUAUUCCAUAUUCUUGCUGUAAACUUAAUGGGGUUUUACUUCCUAACGGGUAUUAGUGGAGUUGUAUAGUAUCAAAUGGGGUAAAAGGGGGGGUAUGUGGAAUAGCGAAUCGAAUCGGCUUUCCCAUGAAAACUGCUAGAAAAACACCGUGAUACGACACUUGAGCUAUUUUCCCUACCCCUCUAAUAGUUCACUAUUUGUAUACCUCUGGUUCCCUUCCUAUCUUUCUGGGGUGGAGAGGUAGGGUUACAAAUAAGUGGACGAGAUACCGGUUAGUCGUAAAAGAAACAGGGAAUGGAAAGGAAACAGUGGCGAGUUUACGGAGUAUUUCAGUGAUAAGAACUUUGAGUAUGAUCGUCCGGGUGAACGUAGUCCUCAAGAAGACUGUUGUUGUUGACCGUGACUGACGUUUCGACAACCUGUGCGGUCAUCUUCAGAGUCAAAGUGAGCAGGUUAGUGAGUUGUAUCACGCCAGUUGAUGGCAUUAAACUCUGACAUUACGAGUCUUUAUAGCCAAUAACAUCACGGCUUUACUGACAGACGACCAAUAACAUCGCGACUUAAUUGACCAAUCAGAUCAAUAACCAGAGUUUAGUACCAUCAACGAAUGUGAUACAACUCACUUUGACUCUGAAGAUGACUACCGCACACGUUGUCGAAACAUCAGUCAGUGUCACAUUCAAGACUAUGUUAACCCGGACGAUCAUACUCAACCUACUCAUGAAAUGACUCCUGGGUUCCAACUUUUCACUAUUUCAGUAAUGUUCGUUUUAGGACAAAGUUUAAUGCAAAUGCUAUCGGGCAUAGACUUUCAGCUUAGGGUAACUUAGAGCGCCAUAGAAUCACAUAAACAGUCACUACAUGCCGUGGUCUUAUUCAGCGUUUCGCUGAGAUCGUUGAGAUUUUUAUUUUUAUAUUUGAGCUUGAAAGCCAUAUUUAAAGAAACAGGAACAAAUAACACUAAGGUAGUUUGAAAGAGGUUAAGUAUUUUAAGCGAAAAAUUCCCUGACGGUGCUGUGCUGACAUUUCUUACAGAGAGCAACCUAUUGACUAUGGUGAUCUGGAAGACUCCAUUCGUAAGACUUGUCUGAAACUUGGACUGGAGGAUGUAGAUGGAUUUGUUACUAAGUGUAUCCAGUUGUACGAGACAACUGUAGUCAGGCACGGACUUAUGUUAGUGGGUCCUACUGGAUCAGGAAAAACAAGGGUGAGUGUCUUCCUCCUGUAUAAAGGUACAGUAAAACAAGACCACCUGUAGCCGCACCCUUCCCCCGGCAAAGGAAAAACGUCGGGGGGGGGGGUGCGGCUACACGUAGGCUACGGUAAAACGGGCAGCAAAAAUGCAAAACGAGUUGAAUAGUGAUGUGCGUUUUACCACCCACGAAUUAAACCUGCCUUACAACAAAUUAAAUUAGUUUGUUGCAGGUCAGGAAAAGUUGUUACAGAAAUUAAGGGGUAGUUCUACUUUUUACAACAAAAUCUGUACAUGUUGCACGUUUUACCGGCCCAAGGCAAACUUAUGCUUUGUAGAAAUUGACGUACCUCCUGUGUAUGGCGUGACUCCCGCAUAAUUUUAUCCAGUCAGUUGCAGUUGAUGAUUCCUACCUAUACCUCUCUUACGUUUUGUUUUCAGUGUUACGAGGUUCUAAAGAAAGCUCUGACUGCACUGAAGGGCAAAGAUUCUCCAUCAGGCUCCCCGUAUGAGGAGGUACACACGUUUGUUUUGAAUCCCAAAUCCAUUACAAUGGGACAGUUGUAUGGAGAGUUUGACUUGCUAACACAUGAAUGGUGAGUAACGAGAAUUCCGUGAUAAAUAUUUAUAUCUAAUCGAAAACAUCGAGAAUGCGGCCAAAGCUUUUACCCGGGCAAAUGAAGUUGGCGCCAAGCGAGAAACAGGUCGAUUGUAACCUAAAUAUUGAGUAAGAGGAAAGAAGUUCUGUGCUCCUCUGAUAUCGUGACGUUGUGAUGAGACGCUCAUCGCAUUUUCCCCUUCAACCAAUUCCAGCGAUCUGCAACACGACUCGACCAUGUUUCUUGCAACAGCGAGUGGAGGAAAUAAGGUGCAUUUCUGCGCAGUGUCAUUGUUUUGGGUUUGCAGGCCGGUUGACUUUUAUGUUUUCUGUUUUAAGGACUGACGGCAUCUUAUCGUCCAUGAUCCGCGUGGGAAGCUCCAGUACCACAAGUGACAAGAAAUGGUACGUGUUUGACGGACCAGUUGACGCCGUGUGGAUUGAAAACAUGAACACUGUUUUGGACGACAAUAAGAAGCUUUGUCUUACAAGCGGAGAAAUCAUCAAACUCAGUGAGGUAAAAUACAGUUAA